AUGUCAAUAGUGAUCCCAUUACAUCUCCAUGUGUCAGGCUCAUACAUCCACGGCGUGUCUCUGGGAGACAACAAUCAAUUCUUCUCGAUAGGAAGUCACAUCCCUGUCGCAUCCACCACCACUCAGACUCCACUGCCUACGGAACAUCCCUCCAGCUUCCUCAAAUUCAUUCAACCCGACUCUUCGAUUGACUGCCCCGAUCAUGAAUUCCAAGCCUAUUUGAUUGCCGAAAGUCCCCGCAUGAUUUACAUCGAGUCCUUCCUCCGCGAAGACGAGCGUCUUCAUCUUCUUGAAAAAAGCGAACCCGGUUUCACCCCUGCCUCAAUAUACAACCCAGAAACCAACGAGGCCACCACAGACAAUACAUACCGUCGCAGCGUUACCGCCUCACUUCCCCGCGAUCCUGUCACCAGAUGCAUCGAAAGCCGCGCCGCCGCGAUCCAGCACUGGAACCCUAACAUGGCUCUUGAGCCGCUGACGGUGCAACGCUACGAGAAGGACGGCUUCUUCCUGCACCACCUCGACGCGCUUCCAGCUGGGGGGUUUCCAAACCGUAGGACCACGUUAAAUAUCUGGUUGGAUGGAAAUUGUACGGGUGGGGGUACGCAUUUCCCGAUGAUCCCUCGGUGGGAGGAUCCUGCUCUCUGUGACCGGGUGCUAGAUUGUGACUGUGUGGAGAAUGGGACGGUGUUCCGGCCCAUCGCGGGGAAUGCGUUAUUCUGGGAGAACAUCGGGCCCGAUGGGAGCGUAUACGAAGAGAUGGUCCAUGCGGGCUUACCAGUUACGGGGGGGUUGAAGGUUGGAUUAAAUGUAUGGAGUUGGAUUUUCAGGGAGGGGGAUGAAAGGGUGGGAGGGUUUCAGAGGGCUUAG